CUCCCUGCCUCCUAAGUUUCUUGAACCAGCAAAACCUAGGCGUCUUUGAUUUCAGCCAUAGGUCCAAUGGCAGAUUAUGUACCAUAUGUGAGGGACAAAUUGACUUUUUCUCUGUGGGACUAUGGGGUGUUUGCUGCAAUGCUCCUGGGAUCCACAGGAAUUGGACUUUUUUAUGCUCUGGCACGUGGAGGGCAAAAGACAUCAGAUGACUUCUUUACAGGGGGUAGAAGCAUGUCAGCUGUGCCAGUAGGAUUGUCCUUAUCUGCCAGCUUCAUGUCAGCUGUACAAGUGCUUGGAGUUCCAGCUGAAGCUUAUCGUUAUGGUGCCAAGUUUCUUCAGAUGUGCCUAGGUCAGGCAUUAAACAGUGCCCUGACUGCCUACGUAUUCAUGCCUAUGUUCUACAGGCUUGGUAUCACAAGUACUUAUCAAUAUUUGGAAAUGAGGUUUGGGAGAAGUGUUCGCCUCUAUGGUACUAUCCAAUUCCUUUUGGGAACUAUGUUAUACACUGGCAUUGUCAUCUAUGCUCCUGCACUAAUACUCAACCAAGUCACGGGAUUGGACAUUUGGGCAUCUCUGUUUUCCACUGGAGCAAUAUGCACAUUUUAUACAUCAGUAGGUGGUAUGAAAGCUGUGAUCUGGACAGAUGUAUUUCAAGUACUAGUAAUGAUUUCUGGUUUCCUGGCAAUCGCAAUUCGUGGUGCUUUGCUGGUUGGUGGACCCACUGCUGUCCUUGAAAUUGCAAGAAAUCACUCCAGAAUUAAUUUUGGCGACUUUGACCCAGACCCUCGCAGGCGAUACACCUUCUGGACAUUUGUCUGUGGCAGCACGUUCCUGUGGCUAUCCAUGUAUGGGGUCCAUCAAGCACAGGUUCAGCGCUACAUAUCCUGUAAAACGGAAAAUACAGCUAAACUAGCAAUCUUGGUGAAUCAAGUGGCCAUUUGCAUCAUCGUGUCAAGCGCGGUCACCUGUGGAAUUAUAAUGUUCACAUUCUACGUGAACUGUGACCCACUUCUUGCUGGAUAUGUCUCUGCUCCUGACCAGUACAUUCCAUACCUGGUGUUGGAGAUAUUUGAACAAUAUCCAGGUGUCCCAGGUCUUUUCCUUGCCUGUGCAUACAGUGGGACACUCAGCACUGCAUCUACAAGCAUAAACGCCAUGGCUGCAGUGACAGUUGAAGACCUCAUUAAGCCAAAAAUGCCACAUAUUUCUAUGAAGAAAAUAAUAAUCAUUUCAAAGGGACUGUGUGAGUAUUAA